AUGACCUAACCCGGUGGCAGCCUGCCCCCCACGGGUGAACCCUCUGAAGCAGAUAAGGCCCCUCCCUGUUCCAGGCCCCGCCCCUCCCACACACUUCUCAUCUCCUCUUAGCCCCCCCAGAGCCUCUCCAUUUACUUUGUUCAGGCACCUUAUCCGCACGGCAUGUGGUAUCUGACCCUGGGUGGAAACCCGCCAACUGGCAACCCAGGGACCCACCCUUUUAAGCUGUGGGCGCUCAGAGUAAUUUAUGAGAGUGUAGCCAGCCCGACUAGCUGGGUUCUCCUCCUGCUGGGGGCUCUUCCCAUCCACCUGGAGAAUAAGGGCUCUGUGGAGGUCAUGAGGAAAGACCUGAAUGAUGCCCGGGACCUGCAUGGCCAGGCCGAGUCUGCUGCUGCUGUGUGGAAGGGACACGUGAUGGACCGCAGGAAGAAGGCCCUGACCGACUACAAGAAGCUCCGGGCUUUCUUUGUGGAGGAGGAGGAGCGCUUCCUGCAGGAGGCAGAAAAAGAGGAGGGGUCCCCCGAAGAUGAGGAUGCUGACCCUGCAGAGAGGUUCAGGUCCCUCCUGCAGGCCCUGUCGGAGCUGGAGCGGAGGCACCGCAACCUGGGCCUUAGCAUGCUGCUCCAGUGAUGCCAGGCAGAGGAAGCUGGCUCGACCAUGGCCCGGCCCCUAGCAGCUCCAUCCGCCUCGUUCAGGACCCCGGAGUGUCCUAGGUGUGACUGGGCUUCGUACCGUAGGUGCCACCUUGGGUUGUCCCCUCAGUAGUGACGGUGUUUUCUUUCCUUGGGUGUUUGUGUUUCUGGGCUAUAAAAGCCAGCCUCACUGUGGAGACCUGAAGCGGUGGGGAGGCAUCAGUAACUCAAGUGUAUCCUGUUCUUUCUCUUCAUAAAGCUGUUAUUGCCGCCA